ACAGCUUUGGAAAUGUUACUUAUUGCUUUUUUUACACAUUUUUGAAGAGAACACGAUAUUUAAAACGGCGCGGUUAUCAAAUUAUAUAGUUGACAUUUUUUGCUGAACAUUAAAAGACUCGCUCAUGUGUGGUUUAAUAUAUACCUGACAGCCUUGGAAGUUGAACUGCAGAAAACGAGUGUUUUGUAAUUUUUAAUUCAUGUUGACCCUCUGAUGAAGAUGGUGUUUCUAAUGUGUUUGCCCUUAUUCCUGCUGACUUUGAUCCAUUUAAAGUACAUAGACAGCGCCCCAACUGAAAACGUCCAAGCAUUUAAUUUUGAAGACGAUUGGAAAUACGAGGUUCAACCAAAUUCUGUGCCAUUACUUACAAAUUCAGGGAAAACUCAUCAAUUACCAACGAUAUACACAUAUGAAGAGGAUCUAAAUAUAGAUGAUUUAGAAACGAAAAAUACCACCAAAAGCUUAAGAAUACCAAAAAAAAUUGGUGAUGUAGUCAAAUCAAAAGUUUCUUGUAAUGUAUGCACUCUAGGUGUGAGUUUGCUUUUAAAUGACGUUCUUGCCGGCGCCACUUUUGAAACUAUCAAAUCAAAAUUCGUUGCGCUUUGUGUUUCAUUUAAGAUUGAAACGGAGUUAGUUUGCACUGGGUUUUUUGAUGUUUUUGGUCCUGAGGUUGUACCAGCCUUCAACACGUCUCACCUGGGAGCAAAGGAAGCAUGCAGUCUAAUUUUUGGCGAAACCUGUGGGGAAGUAGAAAUUGCCUUACAUAAUUGGCGAGUCGAUUUUCCAGAAAUUUCAAAACCUAAGCUUGUGGAACAAGAAGAAUCAAAGGCCAAUUUACCAGUUUUUAAAGUCCUACAUCUCUCUGAUACUCAUUUUGAUCCUGAGUACGCAGCAGGAAGUCCUGCUAAUUGCGAGGAGCCUCUUUGCUGCAGGAAUUUUAGUACUCCUUCUAUAAAUAAUUCUACUGUUGCAGCAGGAAGAUGGGGCGCCUAUGAGAAAUGUGAUUCACCAAAGAUCUUAAUAGAGAAUAUGUUGAAAAGCAUAGCGACAGAACACCCUGAUAUUGAUUAUAUUAUUUGGACUGGAGACUUGCCACCUCAUGAUAUUUGGAAGCAAUCGAAACAGAGCAACAUCGACAUAAUCAAGGAAAGCGUCGAUCAAAUGUUUGAGAUAUUUCCCGAAACUCCAAUUUUCCCUGCUCUUGGAAACCACGAAUCUGUACCAGCGGGAAAUUUUGCACCACCAUGGAUGAAGGACGAGCAACAUUCUGUCAGGUGGCUUUAUAAUAUUUUAGCUGAUCAGUGGAGACGGUGGUUGCCAACCACGUCAGGAAAUACAAUUUUACAUGGCGGAUUUUAUUCUGUUUUGUUAAGACCUGGUUUUAGACUAAUAUCUUUAAACACAAAUUACUGUCACACAUUCAGCUGGUGGCUGCUAGUAAAUAGUACAGACCCAGCACAGGAGUUAAAGUGGCUGAUAUAUGAGUUGCAAGAAGCCGAGAAAAAUGGUGAAAAAGUUCAUUUAAUUGGUCACAUUCCCCCAGGAAGUUCUGACUGUAUGAAGACCUGGUCUCAUAAUUUCUACUCCAUAGUAGAGCGUUUUGAGAGCACCAUCACAGCUCAGUUUUACGGCCAUUCUCACGCAGAUGAGUUCGAAAUUUUCUACGAAACGACAGAAUACAGUAGACCCAUCAGUGUGGCUUAUCUUGGUCCAUCUGUCACUACCUAUGAGAAUUUUAAUCCUGCUUAUAGAAUCUACUAUAUAGAAGGUGACCAUGAGAAGUCUACUAGGGAAGUUCUAGACCAUGAAACGUGGACUAUGGACUUAGGUAAAGCAAAUGAAGGAGAAAAUGAACCAAGUUGGUUCAAACUUUACUCUGCUAAGGAUGCAUACAGAUUGCACUCACUCAAACCUAUACAGUGGAAUAGGCUCAUUGAACGAAUGGUGGAUGAUACUAAUUUGUUUGAUGCCUUUUAUAGAAAUUAUUACAGAAAUAGCCCUAGAAGGCCCGACUGCGAUGGCCAGUGUAAACUGCAAAUACUCUGUGAUUUGAAAAGCGGCAGAUCUCACGAUAGACAUCAUCUGUGCCAUGAUUUGGAGUACAAUAUCGGUAUUUAAGUUGUAACUAUUUGAUUGUAUAAUAUAACUACAUUUUUAAUAAAACAAAUUU